GCCCAGUCAAACGUGCCGGAUGGAUUUAUUGGACCGCUGUGUCGUGCGGAGUAUGAACAAUUGCACGAGCGAACCGACAAACCAGAUCUUUUAGCUGAGGUCGCAGAAGAGGCGAAUGAACAGGCCGAGUUCGAACGCACAGAUGAACGAGAAGCCACGGAGGCAGCUGCGGCUGCUUGGGCUCCCAUCCAGCCACCCUACAUUGAUGCCCAUUUCUCCCUUUGGACUCUGUCUCCGUCAAUCAGCACGAGCCAAAUGUAUCUGGGAGGACGGAUUCCACCUCCGCCUUCUGCCGCAUGGGGCAAAGGGCUACAGCGUGAUUUCACCGCGGAUGAUUAUGAGGAAGAGAUGGAGUACAUGCGAUUGAGAGCUGAAAAAGAGAUCAAAUAUGAAAUUGGCGAAUUAUCUCCUAUUCGUUACGCUGUUCACGUACAGGUACGUUCGGUUCAAUUAGAGCUUUGGGCUCUGAAUUGCACCCGAAUCAUUCUAAUUUCGCUCUCGUUUUAG